CCUAUGUAUGUUAUUUUGAUUAAUAAAAUGUGAUAGAAUAGUAUGAUCAAAUUGAAACAAAGUGAAGACAUAGCGACCAACUUGAAACAAAAUGAACUUUGGCGACUAACAUUUAAUUCCACUAAAAGUUGAUGACUACUGGUUAUCCCCCAAAUAUUUGUACAUGUAACCUUCUACUUCCCCUAAGCUUGAAAAUCCAUAAAAAAUAAUUUUAAAAACUGUUGUAUCUGAAUUAAAGGACAUAUUACUAUUAUUUGAAAAUUCAAAAUGAAUAUAAACAGUUGGCUUAAGAAAUAACAACCUAUUGUUCUAAGGACUUUUUUCUUCAUGUCUAUAUAUAGGUAUGUGUAUGCAGCAGUAGGAGAUCCAAUGCCAAAAAUAUCGGGGGUGGUGAAGCUUGACGUAUCGGUGUCUGAAUCCAAUCGUUGUGACUGCAUCGUGGCGAGUCGGCUUUAUGGAGAAGGUUGCUUUGGUGGUGAACCAUUUUUUGUGGCGAAAGAGCCUAACAAUCCAAGUGCAGAUGAAGAUGAUGGUUAUGUGGUGAGUUAUGUGCAUAAUGAGAAGACUGGAGAAUCAAGAUUCUUGGUUAUGGAUGCCAAAUCCCCAAAUCUUGAUAUUGUGGCUGCUGUUGAGCUUCCAAGGAGGGUGCCUUAUGGCUUCCAUGGGCUCUUUGUCAGUGAAAAUGACCUCAACAAGCUAUGAAAAAGAAAUGUGGGCUGGAAUAUAGAAUGGACAUAAUACGAGUUUCUUGUACAUAAUUCAUUGUUGCAAUCUACAUUGUGGGGGGAAUAGAACUGGAAUAUAAGUUGUAUAAUGUUGAAGAUUGAUAUAAAACAUGUUGUUGAAUAGAUGGAAGAGAAAUUGAAUAAAAAAUGGGAAAAGGUAAUAGUAGAAGAAAAA